AUGGCUAAUCAACCUCAUGGCGGUGUCCUCAAGGACCUGCUUGCCAGAGAUGCAUCAAGGCAUGACGAGCUGGCAGCAGAGGCCGAGAAGCUGCCAGCCAUUGUGCUUACCGAGAGGCAAUUGUGUGAUUUAGAGUUGAUCAUGAGUGGUGGAUUUUCCCCGUUGGAAGGUUUUCUCAAUGAAAAGGACUACAAUUCGGUCGUUGAAAAUGUGCGCACAGCAGACGGUAGCCUUUUCAGCAUGCCGAUAUGUUUGGACGUUUCAGAAAAGACAAUUGAAAGGGUCAACCUGAGGGCAGGGGUACGUGUGACGCUUACGGAUUUUCGAGAUGAUCGAAAUCUUGCUAUCAUCACCAUCGAUGAUGUCUACAAGCCCGACAAACAAAAGGAAGCCAAAGAAGUAUUCGGUGGAGACCCAGAGCAUCCCGCAAUCAAAUACUUGAACAACACAGUCCAAGAUUAUUACGUAGGCGGCAAGAUCGAUGCCAUUUCCAGACUCAAUCACUACGACUACGUCGCCUUGCGCUACACUCCAGCGGAACUCCGAAUUCACUUUGAAAAACUCGGCUGGUCGCGCGUUGUUGCCUUUCAAACUCGCAACCCCAUGCAUCGAGCCCAUAGAGAAUUGACCGUCCGGGCUGCCCGAGCUCGCCAAGCUAACGUCCUCAUCCACCCUGUUGUCGGCUUAACCAAACCAGGCGACAUCGACCACUUCACCCGGGUGCGUGUCUACCAAGCUCUACUCCCGCGCUACCCCAACGGUAUGGCUGUACUCGGCUUGCUCCCAUUAGCCAUGCGCAUGGGCGGACCAAGAGAAGCAAUCUGGCACGCCAUAAUCCGCAAAAAUCACGGCGCUACGCACUUCAUAGUGGGCCGUGACCAUGCCGGACCUGGCAAGAACAGCGCUGGCAAGGACUUUUAUGGUGCGUAUGAUGCACAGUAUGCCGUGGAGAAAUACAGGGAGGAACUAGGAAUAGAAGUCGUACCAUUCCAGCAGAUGAUCUACCUUCCCGAUAGCGACGAGUACAAGCCCGAUGACGAAGUCCCUUCCGGCGUGCGAACUCUCAACAUCAGCGGUACCGAGCUUCGCUCGCGUCUCCGCUCAGGCAGGGACAUCCCCGAAUGGUUUUCCUACCCCGAAGUCGUGCGCGUGCUCCGAGAAUCCCAUCCAGCAAGGUUCAAGCAAGGCUUCACCGUCUUCUUGACCGGCUAUCAGAACAGCGGCAAAGACGCCAUAGCCCGGGCUUUGGACGUGACAUUACACCAGCAAGGCGGCCGUCCUGUUUCCUUGCUCUUGGGAGACACAGUCCGCAGCGAGUUAUCCUCCGAACUCGGCUUCUCCCGUUCCGACCGCCACAAGAACGUCCAGCGCAUCGCUUUCGUGGCCGCCGAACUCACAAAAGCAGGCGCGGCAGUCAUCGCGGCGCCCAUCGCACCUUUUGAGGAAAGUCGACAGAGCGCGAGGGAGACGGUCAGCCAGCAUGGGAGUUUCUAUCUCGUGCAUGUGGCGACGAGUUUGGAGUUCAGUGAGAGGACGGAUAAAAAGGGGGUGUAUGCGAAGGCGAGACGCGGGGAGAUCAAGGGGUUUACGGGGGUGGAUGAUCCGUAUGAGGCGCCUUCGAAGGCGGAUCUGGUGGUGGAUAUCGAGAAGACGAGCGUGAGGGGUGUGGUGCAUCAGAUUGUGUUGAUGUUGGAAAGCCAAGGGCUUUUGGAUCGGUUGUAG